UCAAAUUACAAUAAUACGAUUUCAAUUGUGAUUUAGGGACUAAUUACCAGACAAAUGUGAUACUGACACUAAUAUGAACAAUAGUAAUUAACCAUCAAACCUAAACCACCGAGACUCCACAGUGCUGAAGGGGUUGUAGGUUUUUAAUCACACAUUUUGUUACUGCACUGUGACAUUCAUUAACCCUGCCUUCGCUCAUUUCGCCCCCUAUGGGAGCUGUGCUGCAGCGGCAGAAGCCAUAGAAGUAAAAAAGUAAACAACACAGUGAAAGUGAAGUUAACUACGUCUCAGUACUUCCACUUUAUUAUCCAGUGAAUGUUGAUUCAAUGUUUCCACUGAAUCUGACGGCUCACAGAAUACAGUGAGGCAGAGAACCUUUUUUGAAGUUAUAUAGGAUAAUGUAGUUUUUUUUACUGAAACAUUCAGCUAUCACUUACUGGAAUCAUUUUUAUUUAAGGUAACACAAGGUCUGGUUUCAACGUGGCACUAAAACCGGAUUAUGUGUCUAUAAUGACAUUGAUGAAAAAGAUUGGCCAAUGAUACCUGAUCUGUUUAAUCGGUUUAUUAUUGGGGCAUGUACCGGGCUGGUGGAUCAAUCUGUAUCAUAAUACAACUGUCAGAUAAGUCUCCGGAGGAUGCAAUACGUGAUAUGCAUGAUUGUCCCUUUUUAACAGGCCAAGUUUGGUUGUUUUUACAUUUAUGUAUUCGAAAUCUGGAAGAAAAAAUCCCAAACUAUUAUUUCAUGAUCAAUUAAUCUGCCGUUUGGUUAAUCCUUUUUCCCAACCACACAAUUUUAACUGGUGAAAACAUCAGGAUCUCAUAAGAAGUGGUUUAAUAUGAAAUAGAAAGUGAAGCUGAAAUGAUAGAUUGAGGUUUUGUUAGACAAUGUUUUUUGUGACUUUGAAUCCCUCUUUAAUUUAAGAUGUUUGGUAUCUUUCAUUGUAGUGACAACAAUUUGCAUUUUUUCCUUUCAGCAAGACGAUGUAACUAAUUGGAUUUUAAUGAAAACAGUAAUGUCAGAAAUUGAAGCGGCUUUUGUACAAUUUAUGUCUUUAUGUUCUCAGAGCAGAUUAAAUUAUCGAUUUAGGCUCUUGCUCAGAAAAUUGAUGGCAUUGACCAUUAAUUGCUCUUCUGUUCUGCCCUCACAGGAACCAUGAGGAUACCACUGCCCAUCUGCGCUUGGGAGCCGAUAUGUUGAACAUAUUUUACAUGUCCGACUGAGGGACGGAUUUCUGGGCGGCAGAAGACAAAUGAUAAAAAAACUAGUAAAGCACAGUGCGCUCCAACUCCCCGAUCCUCCCCUCUUCAGCUGGAUGGCUCUGAAUGACAAGAGGCAGUAAUGGAAGUCCAUGGGCAAUUCAGCUCUGUAGCCAUGAAGCAGCUCAAAGGGUAGGGUCUGCCGUGAGCUCGCUCACCCUACCCGACCACCCGCUCAUCCACCACCCCAUCAGAGUCCCACAUUAAAGCAUAAUCCUGCAGCCCUACCCAUCUCCUCCAUCCUCCCACCACCAUCGCUUUGGAAGACGAACAUGACGAGCAUUGCAAAGACACUGGUUGAUGUCUGAUUUAUAUACCUCUGAGGUGUUGAGCGUAAAUCCAGUGGAGCAAUGAAUGGCGGAAAGGACUGUGAGGCAGGAGAUGAGAGGCAGGCCGCCCCUGUCCAGGUCCCCAUUGGCUGGCAGCGCAAGGCAGAGCGUGGCAGAGGGGUCUUAUACUUAAGUCCCAGUGGCUCGGUGCUGUCCAGCUUUGAGCAGGUGAAGACCUACCUGCUGACAGAUGGAACCUGCAAAUGUGGCCUGGAGUGCCCACUCAUCCUUCACAAGGUGUUCAACUUCGACCCAGGGGCAGCUGUCAAGCAGAGGACAGCGGAAGACGUGAGAGCAGAUGACGAUGUCACCAAACUCUGCAUUCACAAGAGGAAGCUUCUGGCCGUGGCCACCCUGCACAAGAGCAUGGUGACGCACCCACCUCUGACACUGACCAGUCCAGGAAGAGGUACAUCACAUGUGGCUGCCGCGCAUUCCACGACUCAACGAGCAAUAAGGAAUAAACCCCACGACGGCCUGUCCAAUGCUGUUGGCCCUGACUGCAAGAGUCAUUUCAAGAUGAUGAUGGCAGCAGGACAACAGCAGCACAGGCUGUAUUCACCCCAGGAGAUGAGUGGAGCCCAGCACCCGGAGCUCUACUCUGGGUACAACAGGCCACAGAGGCUGGGCAGUGGGGAGCCAUGCCCCAAAUCCCCAUACAGGGCUGGGUACGGAGGCAUGUUGAGCCCACCUCCCUCCAGUGCAAAGCUAUAUGGAGAUGGGUCACAGUCUCCAAGUGCGGACACUCUGGGCAGCCCUGAGGGCUUUCCAAGGAACAAUCCUUGUGGUUUUCCAGGAGCUGGCAGUCCCGGCUCAACUUCCAUCCAUGUGAUGCUCCAUGGCUCCCCUGCGAGCCAGCCAUCCUGCGCCAUGACAGGGAGGACUAGCACGCCCCUCUCCCCAACAGCCACUGCCAAAAGCCCUGUCAUGAACAUGAACGUGCCACGGGGCAACUUCCCCCCGGGUAUGGAUAUGUCCCGAGUGGCUUUUCACCAUAAAACACAGCCGUCUGUGCAUACAGUGCCACCCACCCCAUCCAUACCAACCUCCUGUUCCCUUCAGAAAAGGCAGUUGACUUCCGAAAAAGACCCCUUGGGCAUCUUAGACCCUAUCCCCAGGAAACAAGUCAACCAGCCUCCAACCAACGCCCAAAACCCUUCAAACUUCCAGCCUAACAUCCACUCUCAGGUACCAAUGAUGAAUGUAAACAUACCCCCUCCUACCAUUGUUCCCUUGCCAAGCAACUUACCUUUACCAACAGCAAAGCCUGGGCCUGUGGGGCAUGGUGGCCAUGGUCAGAGGACUCAACAGGGUGGUCAAGCUUCUUCCAUAUCCCCCUCCCCUGUCACUUCCCCUGUCCACAUGACUGGGCCUGCCAUUGCGAGAAUGGAGGCCUCCCCUCAUCGCUCACGCUCAUCCUCCACCUCAUCUGAUCAUGGAAACUUUGCAAUGCCCUCUGGGCACCAGGCCCCAUGUGGCCCCAUGAAGGUCCCUCCUCGUUCCCCCAGGUCCGCUAUGGGAUCUCCCAGACCGGCCAUGCCCUCCAGCCCCUCCACCAACAAAACAGACUCACUCCACCAGUACAAAGACUCCCAGCUGUUGCCUGGGAUGGUAAACUCUAUUGGAUCCCAGCAGCAUGGUAACCCCAUGUAUUCACCCACCUCUUCCUCCUCAUCAUCCUCCUCUCUGGCAACCCCUAGCGCUUCCCAGAAGGGCCACCCAGGUCUCCUGGGGAUGCCCCUCAACCAGCUCCUCAACCCACAGAACGCCACUUCCUUCCCCGCCAGCAGUCUCUUGUCAGCUGCAGCCAAAGCACAGCUAGCAAAUCAAAACAAACUCAGCGCUACUGGCAACAGCACUACUGGCAUGGCUGGUGGUGGAGUUGGUAUCGGAGGCAUGGGGGUGGUUGGUGGAGGGAGCGGUGGGCACCCUGGCUCUCUAACCGGCCCUCGAGGCAUGGAGGGACACAGCACUUUAAAUCCCAUGCUCCCGCCAAACUCCGCCAUGCUGCUCAAUUCUCCUGAGGGCCAGAGUGGUCGGGCAGCUCUCAGAGACAAACUCAUGGCCCAACAGAGGGACCCCAUGCGCAAACGGAGGCAGUCGUCCGGUGGUGCUGCUGUAAACCACGAGAACAGUAACAACAUGGUCUACAACAUGCUUAACAAAUCAGGCAUGGGUGGACCCCAUAUGCCAGGAACCAGUGCAACUGAGCAGCUGCGAAAAGUGGGCAGACUUGGGAACCUUCCCCCAAACGCCUCCAUGGCCCAGCUUCUCCAGUCCAUGAGCUGCCAGAGCUCCCAUAACUUGACUGGGAGUAGCCAUCGUCCAGGUCUUAGCCCUGGUCCAGGGCAGGGUCCUCAAGGAGCUCCACAGCUGCACUACAACGACAGCACAGGAAUGGUUCCUGGUGGCCCUCAGCAUAAUCUGCAUGCUCAGCAGAGGCUGCAGAGUCCAGGAGAUGUAAUGCAGCACUGCCGGAACAUGGACUCCUCUGGAGGCCAUCUGGGCACACGUCCAGGCCAGUACCCUGACAUAAUGGCCCAAAUGCAGGCCUCCUCCAUGAGUAACUGUAGGCCAAUGGGGCCAGGUGGUGGACCAGUGGGCCCUAAUGGCAUGCCGCUGGGACGCCCCAACACCAAUCCCCCGCCACUAUCCCACCCUAGCCCUCAUCCUUCACAGCAGAAUCUCCUUCACAGUAUGGGGCGGACUAACAUGGUCGUGAUGCAACAUGGAGGGGGUGAUGGAGGCUGUACACAGAGCAUUUCUGAUUCAGGAAACCCAUCAUCCCUUGGCUGUGGUGUGGGAGUCCUGCCACCACAUGUGAACAGAGGUCAGAUGUACCAGCAGCAGGUCCACCAGGGCAUGCAGCAGGUGGUGGCCUCCCAUCCGGCCUACCAGGGCCAGCAGCACUUUUCUGACAACACACCCUACACAGACGGCAACAUGGUCAACGCUGGCUCCAUGGCCUGCCUCUACCAGAACUACCAGCAGGGGAUGUUGCAGCACCCACAGUUCGGGGAUGGGCAACAGCCCCAGGGAGAGGGGCUUCCAUGUACACCUAGCUCUGACAGGGGGCCCGGCGGGGGCCCAGAGUCGGUGGACGCCAUCUACAGAGCUGUGGUGGACGCCGCCAGCAAGGGCAUGCAUGUAACGAUAACAACCACAGUGAGCGGGACCACGCAGUCGAGUCCGGUGCCUGCCCUAAGUGCCAUGAGUGCCUUCACUGCUUCUAUAGGGAAGCCUGUCAACCUCCCCCAAGCAGUUAGUGCAGUCCUGCAUGGGCACCAGGAGGGGGAUGCGUUACCCCUGCACACCAGGCCGAGGCAGGUGAGGCCAGGACGGGGUCAGAAGAACAUGGAUGCUGGAAAGAUGACUCCAGACGGCACUCCUGAGGCCAAUGAUUACUUCCGUUCUCCUGGCCGUGGUACUCCAAGGGGGCAGUGGGACGGGGAGACGCAGCACGGAGGAGGUUUUGACACGCACAGCAACAACAGCACCUGGGGCGGCGAGGAAUUUCUAGAGUGUUCAACCCAAGUACGGAGUAGUCCGUGCAUGGAGCGACCCGCCAGUUUGGCUCCCGCCCCUCUCUGCCCCAGUGAGAGCUCCAACGAUCAUGGCCUGGCUAUGGCCCACGAUGAUGGAUAUCGCUUUAAUAACUGCAGCCGGACUCCUGUAAACUACAAGGAACGUCUCGAGCAGACAGUGGAACGCUGCAUCCAUAUCAACGGUGCCACCCCCCAUUUCAACACCCGCGGCUAUAAUGAUGUCCUAGGUCCCCCACGGCAGGAGCUGACUGGUGAUGACCAGUCGCCCAGCUCCUCCACGAGCCUGGAGGGUCCCCUGGCCACAGCCAAAGACUACAGCCACUACAACGGCCACUUCAAUGGUAUGGCGCCUAGUCCCUCAGACACAAAGAGCCUGAGCAGUGAGGAAGACUUGCGGCAGCCAGACUCUCCCUCAUCAGAUCUGCUUCACUACCGAUCCAGGACCUUCAACAUGGGGGAGCUGGUCUGGGGACAGCUGAAGGGCUUCCCGCCCUGGACUGCCAAGCUGGCCGGGGACGAACAAGUGCACAGCGCUGCUAUGCAGCUGCGGGAGCAGGCGAAGGUAGAGCCAGAGAAGCUAAAGACACUAACUCACGACUUGGAGGCCCUCGACCGAGCCGCCAAACGAGGCCUGAACAGACCGGGGAAACUGAAUAAUCACUUGGAAGCUGCUAUCCACGAGGCCAUGAGUGAGCUGGACAAGAUGUCAGGCACGAUCCCAUCGAGGGAUCGUCAGGUGAAGCUCCCGAAGCCCAAGAGGAGGAAAAUAUCCAGAUAACAUUGAAUGAAUGUGUCGGCCGGGGAACGUCCUCAAAGCCUUGGCAGACUUGUCCGUUCAGCCUUCACGCGAUCUGAGCUCUCUAACAGGUGCUACACAUGGACAAGCGGUGGUACGUCGUUGCUCCAUGACAGGAACUCAACUCGUUGACCGACCACAGAAGGUGCUGGAAAUUCCAAUCACAGAAACAGUUUUACUGGUUGAAAGCAAAAAAAAAAGAGGGAAAGAAAUUGAGAAAAACAUCAGAAACGGUUGCAAUUUGUCUACUGCUCACUGAAUUAACUAUUUUUUUCUAGUAUAAUAUAGUAAAAUAAACAAAAAAAAAGCUACAAGUAUUACCUUACAUAUUUAAGAAAAAUAGACAGUCCAAAUAUUUCUGAUACAUUUUCAAUAUGUAUAUAGAUAAUCCUGAAAUUUCAUGCUAUCAAGAAAUGUAUGUAAAUAUUGUACAAUGUCAUGUACAAGCGUACCUAAUGCACAUUUUAUCUUUUAUUGUACAAAAACAAAGCAGAAGAAGUGUACCAAUGUCUUGGUUUCUAUUCAGAAGUGCGGUUGCAUACGGCCGCAUGCAUAGGAUAAGUAAGAAUACAGCCUAAAGCUUUUAUAUGAGGAACUGUAAGACGUGCUGUUUUUUUAAUUAUUAUUUCAUUUUUGGUAUUAUUUUCCCCCUUUGUUUUUUGGAAUAAGGGAACAGCAGUGGAGCAGGCACGAGUAUAUGAGUUCUCUCCAUUAUUACACUUCACUCCAGUUGUGCUCAUUUGUACUGAUAAGAUAAAAAAACACAGAAUGAACUUUACCAGCAGAAAGUGUUCAGUGAUCCCCCCCCCCCCCCCCCGUCGGAUCAUCUUUGGUAAAUCUUCUUCUGCUCGUUUACAGGAAAAUCGUGAUAUUGUGGUUUAAUGAAUAGUAAUUUGAAGAAAAGUCUGGUGGAGCCGGUGAAUUGUUCCAGUUUGACAGGCAGGCGAGAGAAAAUUGGUUACCUGUCGUUCUGAGAAGGAAAAAUCCACCUCACACAAUUAUGACUGUAUCCAGUGUCAAGACAAUGACUAAUCUCCCCCUCAUUUUGAUUAUGAAAGUAAUCAAACUUUGUAUCCAGUUUCUAUCACUGAGAACUACAAAUUACAUACAGACUCCAAAUUCACCCUACUGUUGGACUGGCUGGGCUCCCGACUGUGGAGCUGUCCGUGGUCCUGCGAUUAUUUAUGGCAAGUCAUAUAUCGUCCUCGCGAUAUUAAACAACGUUCUCGCAUGUUUUCCUGAUAUCACGGUCUGUGUCCUUAUUGCACUCAGGCCUACAUGUGCAGAUGCAUUACAUAUGAAGCAUUUCUCCUUCAACUACAUUUGAACGCCGGUACAAAUCUCCUCUUUCUUUUUCUGAGAUGAUCUAAAUCCUGAAAGGCAACACAAACUCCUUUCUAACGGUGGAUUUUACCUUCUCUGAAAACCCAGAAUCAUUUGACUGUUGUGAUUUACGUUUGUACAGUAAUUUUAACAUUUUGUUCCUCCCAUGAUUCUAGUCAUGUUCGCCACGGCUAUAGCUUUAGGUACAGUAACCGACCUCAGAGUCUAGAUCAUGAAAACGAACACUAACUCAAGAGCAGUGGAAGCAUUUCUCACAUUUAGGGGCCUUGUGUGUAUUUUCUUUCUUUUUUCUUAUUGUUGUAAAUUAUUCAUGUACAGUACUUCAUAUUUAUUUUAAGCUUUACAAAUAUGCUAGAUGGCAAUAAUACUACCGAGAGUUGAGAACUCAAGCCUUAUAUGUGUAUAUGUAUGUUUUUUGUGAAAAUAUCAUGUAUUCAUAGUUCAUUACAGAGGUGGUCGUGUUCCCUUUUAUUUAAGAAGCGAGCAUUACAGUUAACACUUUGAUUCUUACAGCGAGGCUUUACCAGUUUUUGUUACAGAUUGUUUCAUGGAAACUUCUCGGCUCAAGAGAAGACCAUAAUAUUUAUGAAUAUGCUCAUCUGAACGGCAGAGGGGAUUUUGUGUUGGUAGUAAAUGCAGUUGUGAACACUAACAAACUUAUCAGAAGUUUCACGACGAAUCCUAAAUGGUCAGCGACGCACAGUAUCGGGAUAAACACACACACAGACACACACUCCUCCAGAUCAACUAAUAACCUGAAUUCACUACAUAAUUACUAAGUGCAAUAUACCAGUCAAUAGCAAAGAACAACCGUUCUAGAAACACUGCAUCUCUGAUUUUCUUGUGUACACAACGUCAAAUAAUUGGGCUGUACUUUUUCCUCUGACAUGUACUCUGUCUUUUUUUUUUGAUUGGGGGGGUUACAUUAUUAUCCUUUUCUGGCAUCCUAACCUGAGGGCCAUGAAGUAGUAAUUUAUUUGUAGCUUUACCUUUACACAUUAACUCCGACAGUAUCAUGUUUUAAAGUGUCCUGAGGUAUCCAGCACAGACUAACCCUCCGAGAUAAAAGUUCCAUUUAAAUACUUGAACUCUUUAGUAGAAAUUAACUAUAUUUAUGUCAAGAAUCCCAUGUUUGAUCACCUUAUAAACGAAUGGUACUCAAGAUUAUUCUUCCUCUCGCCAACUAAAACAUGACAACACUACCACUACUAAAAAUGUGCACAACUUUUGGAUUUGCUCACAAGUUUUUGUGAAGGUUUUAAGUUGACUUGUAACCAAGAGCUUCAAAACCCAACUCUGAAUCUUAUAACCAGUUGCAACAGGUCUUACUUUAUUUGUUAAUGGGUUUUCACCUUUAACCACCUUAAAGUCAUUUGUGCUUUAUUCUCAGAUGAGAUCUCUCACUUAUUUGUAGACAGAUGACUUUGUGCACGCUAAGAGAACACGGACAUUUCGAAUUUGUAGCGGCAAAGUCUAAUAACUUCCAAAAAUAUCAGUAUUACUUGAUAAAUAUCAGACUCAAAUGUUCUGUUUGGCGUCGAGAACCACGUGAGCUCUUUCGGUAAAGUUCAUUCUGCCCAGCCCCCCCGCCACCCAUUUUCUUUUUGUGCAAUGACAUGCAGGAACCCCGGUCUCAUGUUGGGAACCCGUUUGUUCUGGAUCUGUUAUAUCAGUUUCAUGUUAUUUGUGGUUAAGAGUUCAACGCAUUUCUUUUUUGUGUGUGUUUUUGGUGUGUGCGUUUAUUUUCUUUUCCUCCUCACGCCUGUGAUUGUGUGAGCGUGUUGAGGUGUGUGUUGUUUUUUUUCCCCUGCUCUUUUAAAUCUCCGUUCCCUCUACCACCCUAUUUCCUUGUCAGUAUUUUAUUUUUUCAACUUGUAAUUAAGUAUAUAUUUUCUCACUAAUAUAUACUUUACAGAAAAUAGACUUGCGUGAAGUAUGAUGUGCACUUGAUUGCUCUUGUUUAUUUUGUUUCUUUUUGCAUUAAUGUGGGCUAGGGAUAGUUUGUCAGUCCAUUAUUUUGAGAUUGUUUGGACUUUUUUUUAAUGGUUUGAUGUAAGCAGCAUUUUUUUGUAAAUAUUGUGAAACAUUACAGGUCAUGCAGUGAUGUAACAUUUUGAACAAUGUUGCACAGAUGUUUAAGAUAUUAAAAACAUGGUCACUCUUACUUGAAUAA